AUGAAUAGACUCGAUGCCAUAAUUGAUAAAUAUUUUGAAGAAGGCUUGUUAACAUUGACAGGUGCAAGAGAUAAAUAUGGAUACCACAUCAUCACAUUACCUGCUCAUCAUCUGGUGUCCAUGGAAACGAUGGAUGCCAGGUAUUUUGUCGCAGUCCUUCACAGAUAUAUUUUGUGGGAACAUUUGGUGUUUCAAAACAAUCCAGGAAUUGCAGUGCUGCUAAAUUUAAAGAACACGAGAAAAUCAGUUAUACAGAUUGUUGCAGAUGCAUUGACCAUCUUAGAGUCCAAGAAAAAAACUAUCAUUCAAAUGGUAUACAUAGUUAAACCAGAUACAAGAGUAAAGUCGCAUUUACUGAAGAAAUUGCUUGGUAUUAAACCACCACAAAGAUUGGACAACCCACGACAAUUUCAGAUCCAAAUGGUAAAGACAUUGGAAUUAUUGAGAAAUUAUAUAGAACCUGGUCAAUUAACUAGAGAUUACGGUGGAAUGUUAUACCAUGAUCACCAAGCUUGGCUCAAAUUCUACAAGAAAACCGAACCAUGUCUGAAUUCUGCUAAGAAAUUAAUGGUACAGCUGCCUGGUAUCAAAGAGAAGGUUGAACUAUGGGAAGAAUAUGCCAGCUCAGAUCAUAGUGUUGAUCAACUUCAUCAAGUAUUAGAUGAUAUCCCCCAACAGUUUGAAACACUUUUAAAAGAGUGUAAUUUUGAGAGUGUGUUAGAAGAUUGUAAGCAGUUAUUACAUGUCCUAGAAACAACAGAUAAUGAUAUAAACAAUGCAUUAAUAUCACCAGUUAUUGUUACAAUACGUAAAUAUUACCAAGAUUUAACUCAAUUUCAUCAGGAUUUGGUACUCUUGUAUAAAACUGCUGAAACCAAGAUAUCAGCUACUUUCCACCUUCUGAAAUGUCAUGAAAAAGCUAAUAAGAUUGUUAAAAUUAUAAAAGAAGAAUAUGAGAGCCAACUUUUAGAACAUCCUGCUGUUGGUUUGUCUUUAAGUCAAGCUGAAUUAUAUAGAAAUCAUUUUACAUCAUCAAUAUAUCAACCAUGUAAGAAUCUAAUCAGUGAAGCAACUGAUAUUUUAGAAGAAUUAAAGAAAGUGGUUACAAAAAGUGAAUUAAGAACAAGUAUUACUAGUCAGCUGACAGCUACCAUAGAACCUUUUACAUUAAAAUUACAUACAGUUCAUGAGAGUUACAUACAAUUACAUAUCUUCCAUACUUUACUGACCAAGUUUGGUAAAUGGUAUAAAAAGGUGCUCAAGUUUUUGCCAGAAUAUUUGAGAAAGCAGACGGAAAAUGAAUCUCAAGAUAAAAUUAUCAAUAUGCCUGAUGAAUGGAAUUAUACAGUUGAUACAUUUUUAUCUAAACACCCACCACCUAGAGAGGAACAUAUAGUUAAAAUAGACCAUGAUAUGCCUUCCUUAUUACCAAAACAACUAAAACAACAAGCACAUUGUUUGGCCAUUCGCACCAAAUUGUUGCAGAGAUUAUUAACUAGCAGACGUCUUCCUGUAAAACUCAUCAAGGCUGCUAUGACAUGGAAAGAUGAGCUUCAACCACCAGUAAUACCCCUUAAACUGAAACCACAAAUCAAAAUCAGCAGUCCAUCAUCUGCAUCUUCAAAUGAGGAGGAAGAAAAACAAAGAUUUAAGCUCAGAUCACCAAGACGAAAAUCAGUACAAAAUGUUUCAGAGAAUAUGAAGCAUGAUUUAAGCAUUGAAAAAGAAUCAAAAGUCAAACCAGAUCUGAAAAUAGAAUCUCCAAAACCAGUAGAAGGAAGUAAAGAAAGAUUCAUACGCCUGACUUUUACUCCUAAAGAUUUUGAAGAAGAAGUUAAUGCCAGACAGAGGUUUUCUUUCAGUGAUGUUGUAAAGGAUACAACUGGUUCAGAAUCAGGAAUUGAAGUGGUUGAUCCUGAAGAUCCUUAUGACACUAUAAUAGAUAAAAUAUGCGAAGUCUCUAAUAGUCCUAUAUCUAGCGAUCUCAAACUCAAAUAUGUAACCAACUUAUUAAGAUGUAGUCUUCGAGAUGCUGAACUCCAAAAACCAAGGUAUCAGAAAAAUACCAGAAGAGCCAGACGUCAUUCUAAAUUAAAAUCAGCUUAUGGAAAAUCUGUGGGAAAUUUGCUAGAUAUGGAAAGACCUAAAAUUCACGAACCAAAAAUGUCUUCCUUCCAUUCUUUAAGGAACUUAAGCGAGAUUGGUGUUGACAAUGAAGUGCAUCCCUCAGGCUCUGAACUGUUUCUGUCAUCUUUAAGACCAACUAGUUCAUUACAUGAUUUAUACUCGGAAGUCGAAAGAUCGCCAGGAGUAGUUGGGUUACCAGAGGCAACUGGAAUGUCUAAGUGGUAUCAUGGAUAUGAAAGAAAAGCUAACCAGAAGCCUCUGGAAGAAGAUUGUUAUUCUGAAAGACUUCAAAAUGAUAUAAGAAGAUUGCAGCGAUGUCACUCAGAUAGAAUGGAAGAAGAGAGUAUUUUGGAGAAAGAUAAACAAAGACUAGAUGAAAUAGUUAUGGAAGCUGAACUAUAUAAACAAGAUAGAGUAGAAAAUAGUCUCAGAAGAUCACAUGAUAUUUUACAGAAUGAAGAAAUGAGAUUAAAUGAAGAUAUGAGCAAUUCACCAACUUGGAUAAGAAAUUAUGAAGACUUAGCAUCAGGCCAUGCAGCAGACUAUCGACAUCCUAAAUCUGAUUUAGGUUAUGAUAGUGUUUCCAGUCCAAGAACAUUCAGUCGUAUGACCGGAUCAUCCAGACCUAUUCUUAGCAGUAAAACAUCUUAUGAAGAUCCUGACUACCAUUAUGAAACUAAACACAAAGGUUUGAGAAAUUCUGGACAUGCUUUGUCAACUCCCACACAACAAACUUCCAAGGCAAGUCAAGCAUUGGGUAGUAUUUUGCCUAGAUUUAACAGUACUGACGAAAUAGAUGAGUUCUGUGUUCAGCUGAAGUCUAAAAGCUUAUAUAAUAAGACUGUAGCAGAGGUACAUCAAAGUGAUUUAUGCCAUAACCAGCCUUCAACAAGUCAAUACAGAGAAGAUGACAACUUUUUAGAUGACACAGAUUUUUAUUAA